GUGAGUCAGGGUCAGGACGUCGUCUGCUACGGCUGUCAGCGGCGGCACACGGUGAGAGGCAGACCAUACCAAGUGGCGCUCUGCAAUAUCCGACAUUCCUCGCGGCACUUGGGCAUUUUCCAUCAAAAAUCAGUGCCGGACUUACCGUUUAAGUGUGUCGCAGUUGUCCAAGCAUCCAACCAUCACCAUGGAGUCCGUAACAAUGCCCAAUUAUUCGUACGUUUUUAAAUUCGAGGAGGACUUCGACACGCUAGAAAAGCGACGAUGGAUGCGGGAAAAUUGGAUGAUGUGUUUCUACUACAUUGGAGCGUACAUGAUCGUCAUCUACGGUGGCCAGUUGUACAUGCAGACGCGGCCGAGGUUCGAGCUGAGGAUACCACUGUUCAUGUGGAACGUGUUCUUGGCGGUGUUCUCCAUCUGGGGGGCCUAUCGCAGUGCCCCCGAGCUCCUCUAUGUGCUCAACAACCACGGCUUUCACUACUCCGUCUGUAUCCCAGGACCAAGCCUGUAUUUGCACCCCCACAAGUAUUCUAAAACUUGUGAGGACACAUUCGACCAAAUUUGUUUCCUGGACAACCGAGUAGGAGGUUUCUGGAACUGGAUGUUCACCCUGAGCAAGGUUCCUGAGUUGGGAGAUACCGUAUUCAUUGUCCUGAGGAAGCAGCCACUGAUCUUCCUCCACUGGUACACCACCCACCAUGUUACCGUCCUGCUCUACGCCUGGUACUCCUACUCCGACUACAUUGCCACUGCCCGCUGGUUUGUCUGCAUGAACUACCUGGUCCACAGCGUCAUGUACAGCUACUAUGCCCUCAAGGCUCUCAAGUUCCGUGUUCCACGCUGGAUCUCCAUGGGAAUCACCACCGCACAGCUAGCUCAGAUGGUCAUGGGUGCUGCCGUCAACAUCUGGGCCUACCAGGUGAAGCAGGCAGGCAAUGAGUGCCAUGUCUCCUACGACAACAUCAAGAUUUCCCUCCUAAUGUACAUCUCAUACUUCGUCCUGUUUGCACACUUCUUCUGCCGUGCCUAUGUUGUCAAAAGCGAUAAGCAGGUUGGUGUCGCACAGGACAAGAAGGGCUCCUUGGCAUAUGAAGGCAAAAGCACAAAGGGCAAAGUGGAAUAACUACUUGCAGGUUAAGCUUUGGGUUAAUAGGAUGUCACAUUUCAAUAGUUGUAUGUCUGUCUCACAAAGAAAUAGAGGAAAGUGGUCACCCAUUGAUAAUUCCUUUGAAUAUUUUUUAAAAAGAAGCAUUUAUGGUAAUGUGCAAGAAGUUAUUCUCAGACUUUGCCUAGAAUACACCUGCUAGAAUGUUGCAGUUUGGAAACAAAAUAUUUGAAUGAUUGGUUCAGACUAAAGGUAUAUCAAUGCAAGCAGCCAAUUUUGAAAGCCACCUUUUAAGAUUUACUUAUGAACCAGUGAGAUGAAUAUUGUAUUGCGAAAAUAUCCAACAUAGAAUGCAAAACUUGAAUAUAUUUUUAAAACAGCAGUUAAU